CCAUGACGACGAGGUUUAUCAGGAUUGUCAGGAUCAGAAUCACUUGGUUCCAACAGAAGUCCUCUCAGGCAUCGUCUUCGAACCAUUGGUUGAGGAAAGAAAUUUCUUUUACUUGUCACGGAAGAAAUUCCCAGCAUAUGCUUGGCCUCUUUUGAAGCUUACCUUAAAGAGUUUGUGAUUUUAUUUAUUAAUUUCAUCCCACGUGUUGGGAAUUAGUUUCAUUGAACCAAACCUUAAAUAAUCAUAAGUAGCAACAUAAGUGCAACUUUGGGGAAAUGAAUGAAUGCCAAAACAUUCAUCAUCCAAAAGGUUUGGCAAUUCCAUGUGUAAGCAACCAUAAAGAGAGUUCCUUUCUUUAUAUUCUCCUUGAAGAAAGGAAUUCAGACACAACAUAUGUCCAAGUAAACAAUGGAUACAAGCUAUUCCUUAUCUAACAAUAUGAAAUACAAAUUGCAAGAAAUAGAAUAAGUGGACAAUAAAAAAAUGCAAGGAAUCUACCGGAUACUGCAACCUCGCCGUAACCCUUUAAGGGCCGCAAUAUUUCAACAAUUCCACGGAAAUGGAAUUUUUAGCCUGAACAAGUUAUCUUCAGGCUUCGGAUGUGGCACAUCCUAUCCACCCAUGCUGCAGAAGGGUUUGGAGAAUGUCACAGUAUCAGAGGUACUAAUGACAAAGGGGGAAGAAAAAGUGGGUUCCUGGCUUUGGUGUAGAGUUGAUGAUGCUGUUUUUAAUGCAAUGAAGAAUAUGGCUGAAAAUGAUAUCGGAUCAUUGGUGGUACUGAAGCCAGAAGGCCAGCAAAUAGCAGGCAUUGUCACAGAAAGAGACUGCUUGAAGAAAAUAGUUGCACAAGGAAGAUCACCUUUAUACACACAAGUUGGUCAAAUAAUGACUAAUGAGAAUGACCUGGUAACUGUGACCUCGGACACGAAUAUUCUAAGAGCAAUGAGACUAAUGUUAGAGAAUCGAAUCCGUCAUGUUCCAGUUAUAGAUGGGGAAAUAGUUGGUAUGAUUUCAAUUGUAGAUGUGGUGCGAGCAGUGACAGAGCAACAAAGUGGAGAAUUGAAGCGACUCGGUGAUUACAUCAGAGGAGAAUACUAUUAGGCUUGCAAAAGGAUUCAACCAUAUGUACAGAUUUGAUGAUAUGAAAAUAGAAUAUGCCAUUGUAUACUAAUUUAUAUUGAUUUCACUAAGAACGAGACCGAAAUCACUAAGAAUUACAACCAUACACGAGCAUAUUUCUAAAUGUAAAUUCCGUAAUUGAUAAAAGAGUAGUGAUAUUUUGACAA